AACGGUUACAUUAAAGGAGUAAUAACUCAUUACAGGGUUUAUAAUUUUUUCAAACCCCGGUGCUAAGCCAUCAUCUUCUACAACAACUCCAUCCUCCAUUACAACUUUCAAUUGUUUGUGCUCUUCAGCUGCUUAAGAGGGUUAUGGAAACAUCUGGGAUCAUUGUUGAGAAGUUCAUCAAAUUCCUAACAAAUGCGGACUUAAUGUCGGAUGAACUGUUGUUGCCGGAAAAAAUUCUCAGCCAAUAUGGUAAUAAGCUGCCGAAAAAUUUAUUGCUGAAAUUUCGAAAUGGUUAUGAAAUCCCUGUUUCUAAUUUCGAAGAGGGAGGCUUGAUUUAUGGCAUCUCUAGCUUGUAUGAGGAUUUUGAAAUGGAACCGGGCCAACUUCUUGUUUUUGAAUAUGAUGGGCAAUCUGGUUUUAAUGUUUAUGUUAUUGGGAAGAACCUUGUUGAGAUUGACUAUCCCCUUUUGGUUCAUGAAACACAAAAGACUCGUCCUAGAAAUGUGAAUGUAAAAUCUGGUGGUUUGAAGUUUAUCAAAUUCUUGAAAGAGGAGGAGGCAAUGUUUGAUGAUUUUGAGCACCCUCGGUCAUUUAAGAAAGCUUUCCACCUUUUGCCCGGCUAUCAGAACUUCAUUUUUAGCAAUGGGAAGCAAACCGAGGUUGUGUACAAACAUGAUGUUGGUAGAUUUUGUGGUCUCAACAAAUUCUGGUCAAUGGAGGGAAUUGAAGAUUUGAGUUCCUUUAACUUGGCGUUGUUUAGCUAUGAGGAGCCUGGUGUAACAACUGUUUCGUUUUUCGACUACGACUUUGUGGAGUACAUGUUUCCUGGAACUCCUCUGUCUAGUGGGUUAAACUCGCAUGCACUUCCUGUUUUUGGACGUAUUGAGAUCACUGUCCAGGCUCACCACUUGUACAAAUAUGUGUAUGGAGUGGAUAUUUCAACUGAUUACAUUGCUAUCACUGUUUGCUGGAGGAAAAAAGACUAUAUCAGCAUCUACUCAGGGGAGAAAGGCUGGAAGUUGCAGGUGAGGAAUCGUGGUGGGAAGAGCAACCGUACCACAAUCCACGAAGGGUGGAUCCAAUUCAGAGAUGACCUCGGCUUGCAUUUGGGAGACGUGGUUGUGCUGGAGUGUGCAAGGAACUCUAGACACCAUUUUUCUCUUCAAGUGGUCAGGAAUCAUGGUGCACUUGACUAAAUGAAUUAGUACUGUUUCGCAGUUUUGUUUCUGCGUUAUGUUGAAAUAGUAAACUUUGAAAUGAUUAGUAAUGCCUCAGAAUUAUGUGAGAAUGUUGAUUACUACUUUUGGAGUUUGGUGAAAAAUUCUAACAUUGAGCUCUGCAGACUUUGAAUAUCAUGUUAUGAAUUUGAGUGUUAAUUU